AUGUUGUUCCAGGUGAUUGUGAACCAACAACGUCCCCAAUCAGUGCUGGUGUCAGGUCUUCCAACUGUUCAGGCUCUGGGUCAGCUUGGGCCCGGUCACUUGGCUUUGGUCGGUCAGCACUCUCUUUGCGUCAUGGCCAUUGAGCCACUCAUGCCCAUCCAUCUGGUGCAAGCAACGCCCACGGCUUUUCAGGUGGCUCACGUUGACGAGCGAGAUCUUGCUCGGAACGCCGCCUUCUGCGAUGCCCUUCUAUCCCACCCCAUCUGGCGCUACCGCCCAGAGACGCACUCCGCUCUUGCCCUGUUGUUAAGACGCAUGUUGCUCCGCGACGUCCUCGCUCGGGGACUGGCAGACCUGCCCCGGGCCUUUCAUCAAUUGCAAGCCCACCUUGCUUCAACUGAUACGCGACAAAUGGCUGUCCCAGUUGCAGCACUAGGCUCACUGGCCGAGGAUCGCAUUCUCCUUCAACGAAUUGGCCGACUACGCACCGCGGCUGACGAUGGCCAGUCCGUUUUGCUCUGCACCCAAGAGUUGCUGACUAUACUGGCGGCGCAGGCGGAGGAACACGGCAUUUUUCUGGACCUUGAGCACGACACUUUCAUGCCGGCCAGUGCCGCUUUGGACUGGCUACUGCAUCAUGUAGGUCAACACUGGGAGGAGCAGCUGCUUGCCAUUGUUCUCAAGGUCCUCAAUGCUGUGUACCGCGCCUGCCUGUGGUCCCCGAGCACCCUGCAAAGUGGGGCCUGCGCCGAGGAUGUCUGGGCUUGGCUAUGCCGCCACGACGGUGAAUUGGCUCUGGAAUACAUGUACAAACUUGAACUUCAGUCACAUUCUCGAGUUCCAAGAGUGCGACGCCGGCCACUGUGGCCACGCAGCUGGGCCACGCUGUGCCUGCACCACUCGUCCAUUCGCGUCUUGCAGCACGCCCUAGCCGAUUCGCGUCCUCCCGAAAUGGUGCACGUGCACUUCCCAGAUUUACUGCGCUGCCAGCUCACGCAGGGUGUUGGUCCGACCCUGCGAGACAUGCUGGCCGCGCGUGGCGGACCCAAGCGCACGACUCCCGACGAGCACGGGUUGUGGUUCCUCCUUCAACUUGGUGCUGCACUGCAUGUCUUGGACUUUCGACACGCGCUAGCUUUAGUGGAUGGAGUGCGCCGCUUCCAAUUCAGCCCCUCGCUGUGGUGGGCUGAAGACUUGCAGCAGCGCGAGUCUCAGCUUGAUAUGGUGCAGCGUGUGCGAACUUGGCAGCUCAAGCACGAGACAGGCCAUGGGCUACGAGCCGAGGCCUUGCCCAUGCCGCUAGCACAGCGUGGCGUUCUUUGGCUUGCCUUACUUUUUGACGCCAUCUAUACUGCCCAGACGUUGCAAGUUCCGCAUUUGGCUCCCCUGCAUGCGCACCACAACCUGCAACUGGAGAAGGCAGGUGUGAACGCAGUCUUGGAGGCUGCACGCGGUGACCUUGCACAAGGGCGCGAGCUUCGACGUGUGCAGGUCAUUCGGGCUCUUCAAAAGCAAGCUUCGGAUGCCUUUGGGCUCGACCGCGCGCACAUGAUGGCGCUUGACCUGUAUCUGCUCGCUGGUGCCUAUGAGCAAGCUGUGUCUUAUCUGCUACGCUUGGGUGACUGGAAGACGGCCCUCGUACUGGCUCGCGUGGAGGCAAAUCGCAUUUCUGCAAAGGACUGCAAACCAAGCUUUAUCCUCGAGCAAACUCUUGCUCAGAACUUGCCUGAACUUGUCGGCUACCACCAGAGCACCAUUGCUCGGCGAGUGAGCAUGGCAGCCAAACUCAGCGGCAUCGUGAGCCCGGUCGCACAAUACCUGGACCGCCUGCUGCGUCAUGGUUCGCACCUGCUGCGUGCUCACCUACAGCCUGAGCAAGCUCAUGCCCAGAGCGUGAAGAAAUCCACGCCAAUUUACCUGCCCCAGAGAGAUCAGCUCAAUGACAGUGUUCAUAUGGAACCGGAUGCCACCAUGAACGUGAGCAAUCAGCAAGUGCCGGUCUCUUGGCAUGCCCUGCGAGACAAUACCUUACAAAGGCUUAGUCAGCUGUGCUAUGCUACGCACCUCCGUGAUGAAAUUGAGCAUGCAGCGCAGACGGGAGCACCUGAUUUGCUUUGCACCUACCUUAGCUACGCUUGUGAUACCAAUACCGCCUUGCCUUGGUCGCAAGCUGAGGCGCGGCGCUUGGCUUUCCGCCUCGACCCUCGCUUCGUGCGCUGCGAGGUGAAUGCUCGAGGGCAUCUUCGAGAUUUCAGUGCCGUCUGCCUCAACGUCCUCACUGCUGAAGCUGACGAGCAGGUGCUUGGGUUUUAUCGCGCCAUCUCUGGCCUGGCCGAGCGCUAUCGGCGCUUGGUUCCCGAAGAUAUACUGACGCUACAAAUGCAUCAUUGGCUUAACUACGAUCCCUUUGCGCUGGGUGAGACAAGCUCACUGGGUUCCAUCCAAGUGCGCUGCGGGGUGCCACUAUUAUGGCUUUCCAAGCGCACCCCUGCUGGCGUAGACUUGGACGAGGUUACUGAGCUGGGAGCUUGGACACCGUCUGCAACAAUGGCCACGGCCAUGCAGCAGUCGGGGCUAACUGUCGCAUCUCCACUCACGCAAGCCAACACCACAUCCCUUCAAGGGAUCCAUCCACUGAAUAGUGCCCCAGCCAUCAGUGGCAACCCAGUUGGACCUAUCCCUUCACCACAACCGUCAGCGUUUCAAGCCACCACGCAUGCCACUACGCGAGGAAGUGGCCAUCCCGCAGAUCUCGAUGCUUCCUGGCUUCCUGACGACAGCCAAGCAAAUGCUCGGGACCAGCCAUCAGCGAGCACCCCCAAGAAAAGCUCGCGUCCACACCAUGAGCAGCAUGCAGACCAUCCUUCGCGGCAAAACGUUACGCCCAUGACGCCAAUCAUUGAUGAGACUCAGGAAAGUGCCGCCAGUCGAACUGGUGCGAAACGGGAAGGGCCCACUCUACGGGACAUGGACGUGCCGGGAGAGCGGUCAAGCGGCAACAACGAAGAGGGCACGGCAGGGAAUUUGGUGGACAUUAGCUCUAGCUUGAGCUUGAGCCUGUCCGAGGCCAGCAUUUCAGCGUCUGGGAGUCAGCGCAUCCGAGACCAGAGCCUGCGUGUCUUGACUGCUCACACCCCACUGCAUGCCGACGCCGAGACAAGCCUUAUGUCACAAGGCGAGUCUUUCGUAAUGGCUGGGCCAGCAGCCUUGCAUGCCUUCUCAGGGCACGGGUCUGGCCCAACUCUUGGUGCUGGCCAGAAGCUGGAACAACAUGACACAGAAGCUGAGAGCUUGAUUUCAGCACCCGAGUCUCAAAGCUCAACUCUAGUUGGAACUUUGGCGGCGUCCCCGUCAACUUCAUCAUCCACGUCUCCAAUCAUCGAGUCGAUAGGGGCUGAAACCGACAUAUCACAGCCCGAUAGCGCACCAGCCAUUCGCGUUGAAGUUCGACCCACACCUUCGACACAAACGCAGCCCUCGCAGCUUGUGCCGAAAGGCCGUGACGACCGGGCCAUCCGUUCUGAAGGAAGCGGCCGUGUGGAGGAUGGGGCACGCGACGAAAGCUUCCGAGACGUUCUCUUGGAUCGCAGUCGAGGGGAUGGCGAUGUGGAUUCCAGCCUCUUGUCGGUGACAUUGACCAGCAUUUCGACCCGCAGCGAAGAUGAGCUCGAACCCGCUCGGCACGCUAGUCAGCAGCAACAGCAACAGCAACAGCAACAGCAACAGCAACAGCAACAGCAACAGCAACAGCAACAGCAACAGCAACAGCAACAGCAACAGCAACAGCAACAGCAACAGCAACAGCAACAGCAACAGCAACAGCAACAGCAACAGCAACAGCAACAGCAACAACAGCUGAGCGAUGCAGGUACUUCAUCCGUCAGCCGCAUCGCUGAUAAGGCCAAGGCAACAGAAAGGGUGCAGCACGAUUUGCCACCAGCUGUCACGCUUAAUGUCUUGGGUCAAGCUGAUGAGACAGCUCGUGACGUGACGAUGCCAGAUAUGGAGACUCCUCCGGCCUCCGGCACCCACUCAGAGACAGCAGAGCAGGGGCCGGUCGCAGAGGUGCCUCUGGUGGCUGGCCCCUCUGGGGAUAGGCCAGCCGCCGAGCUGAACAGUCUGCCAAUCAACGAUCUGGGGUCGAAUCCCGAUCGGGGUGUAUUUGCCAGGCCUGCGUCCAACUCGGAGAAAGGAGAUAUGCUCCGAGAGGAGAUGCCAGUCGAACAGCAGAAAGGCGACUUGUCGGAUCGAAGAACCGGGCCAGCAUCUACCCUUUCCGCAGACAACAAGAGCUUUGCGUCUCCUCAAAGUUUGGCAGUGCCUCCGCGUACCCCAAUGAGUGCCAUGCUGCGCGACACGCCGGCACGAGUCCGUCGACGCAUGGGCCGGCAUAAGAGCGUCGGCUUUGAUGUUCCUCCUGUGCAUACACCACAACGAUCGAAGCAGCCCGUGCCUGUCACGCCUGGGUUUGCAUUACCUGCCCAAUCAGGCAAGCGCUUUUUUACCAGCGAUGCAGCGUCCGAUGACGAGACGGACGAUGCGUCAGAUGAUGGAGCAGAAGAUCGGCAGCCGCUGUUCGCUGUACCGCGUUCGGUCACCACGCAGACACCUCGGCUUCCUGAAGGCCUUUUGCGUUGGAAUCUCAUUGAGCAAGGCACCCAGACUUUGGUCGAGCGCCAUGCGGCCAAGACACAAACCGUUGAUGCAGCCGUGCCCCCGUUACGAAGCGAAAUUGUAUCCGUUGGCGCCAACCCUUCACGCGCGCAUGAAUCCGCGCGAGCAACGCACUCUAUCGAGGGCCUUCCAGAUGAUUCCUCAACCAUAGAGGGGCCGCGCAAGCGCUAUGUGGAUUUAGAUACAGUGCGGGUCCUGCACCACUCGCCGGCGAGCUCGAAAGCCCCAUCACCUCCAUCAUCCUCCGCUGUGGUGGACGACGACAUGGCAGAGAGGCACGCGCCCGUCGAGACGCGGGCAGCACGCCAUGGCCCAGGGUUGGGGCCCGUGGUCUCACACGAGCGAUCCACUUUGGCGUUUGAUCCAAGCAUGCUGGAGCCUCAGCCGGCAGCUGUGGUUAUCCAGUCUUCCCGCGAUCCAGAGGCAUCGGCUGGGCGCUAUUUGCACCGGUUGCGGGAAAUGAAGCGCGGGCAUCAGUUGCAAAAGAUGGAGUUGGAUUUGUCAAGCAUGGAUGAACGGCUUGACGCUGUGCAGACCCGAGCUGAGCGCGGCGAGCUCGGGGUUGACAUGAAUCCGAAGAUUGUAAGUGUUUCACUUCUCAAAAGGUUCAACGAGGCGGGGGCGGAUGCGGUGAUGCGCAAGUAUCCAAUGCUGCUCAACUUUAAGGAUGCCUCUCAAGCACGCUAUGCGGGUCUCCUGGAAGUGCAGCGGGAGCGUUGGCAGAUUGGUCUGACCUGGCCACAUCCUCCCACGGAACCAGGGCAUGGUCCCAAGUGUUUACCCAGCGACGUUAUUGAUCAACUCUUGGAACAGCUCUGUGCGGUGCCGCAAGAGGACUUGCAUGCCAUCAGUGAUGACUUUACGUUGGUGCAGUUUGAGAGCGGCGGUCAUCCUUGGAGCCUACGCAUCGGCGCGAAUUUUCCCGCAGAGGCACCCCGCCUGACUCAUACCUUGCCUGUGGAGUGGUCGCCGACGGCGCUGACCUUUCGGCUAGCCACAACGGUGUCAGGGGUGGUCGUGGACGUCACUGUUGAUGCACGGGGCAGCCAAAUGCUACCAGACGUCCAUGUGCUAGGACCUGAUACUCGCAGUGACCCAUUGCGAGACCAAUGGCAGCGAUAUGCAGCCGGGGGAACUGACAGGCCGGAUGCGACGUUGGCAGACCAUUUGCAGCAAGCCCUGGGAUCAGCGUUGGCGGGCCCGACGGGUCAACAGGCCACGCAUGAGGUGGCUGUGGAGAAGACUGAUUGUGGCAUUUGCUACAGCAUGGAAUUGGAAGAUGAGCUCCCGUCGGAGACUUGUCACAAUGCACAGUGUGGACGGUCCUAUCAUGCCAGCUGCCUGCUGGCAUGGUUGCAAGCGCUUCCCACCACCCGAAAGUCGUUUGAUAGCCUGUUUGGGCAAUGUCCUUUUUGCCAAGCGCCCAUGACGCUUGCCCUAACCAGUCGCUGA